GAACAAAAAUCACUUAAUCACGUUACCGUACCAAUUCACUACGGCCCAAUCUUAAAUCUUACAACUAGGUUGUAUUUAUAUCUUAUAUUCUUGCAUAUAACUCACAGCCUCUCGAACACUUGUUCCCGAGACACAAAGCAAAUCUUCGAGACACGGUACCAUAUUUUAAAACUUGGUACGAACGCUUGAUCCAAGCGUCCAUCACAUCCUAUAAUCCUCUUUCUUCCUCUUUACCUCAUUUUCCUAGCCAGGAAAUAAAUUUCAUCACACCAUGGAUAUCAAAGAGAUAGUUAAUUCAAAAGGUGCGAAAGGAGCGGCGGCAGCGGCAGCGGCAUCGGCAAGUGGUCAGGCUCAAGACUUACACUUACUCCAAUCCAUAUCGCAAGCCAACGGUUUACGCAUGUCUGAUGCUGGUUCCGAGAGAGGUAAUUCUCCUCAUGGCUCUGAACAUUCUCAAUAUUCUACUCCACGGAUGGGCAUGAAUGGAAUGAACGGAGCACCAAAUGGCAUGCGCUAUCCAUCACCUCCUGGUAUGCAAAAUUCAAUGCCAAUGAUGCAACAACCUUAUCGUCCUGAUGUUGCUUUCGACAAUGGAAUGAUGUCUACACAACAGCAAGAUAACACACGUCAACGCCAGCCUGGCGAUACCACUGUUACAAAAGCUUUCCCUUGUAGCACCUGUGGUAAAGGAUUCGCCCGUCGAAGUGAUCUUGCAAGACAUGGUGAGUUCUUCUACACAACAUUACCGAGAACCGAGCACUAACAGUUUCUUUAGAGCGUAUUCACAGUGGAGUUCGACCUCAUGUCUGUGAUUAUCCCGGUUGUGGUAAACAAUUCAUUCAAAGAUCCGCUUUAACAGUUCAUUUACGUGUCCACACUGGUGAAAAGCCUCACACUUGUGAACGUUGUGCAAAGGUAAGCAUUCCUGUAUAACGUAUAAUAUAGACAAGUUUUACUGACUUUGUGUAGCCCUUCAGUGACUCUAGCUCUCUUGCCAGGCACAGAAGAAUUCAUUCCGGGAAGCGUCCAUACAAAUGCCCGUAUGCUGAUUGUCAAAAGACUUUUACCCGAAGAACCACUUUGACCCGUCACCAAAAUCAUCAUACAGGAACUGUUGAAGAAGCUGCUGCUGCAACCGCUGCUGCUCUAGCUGGCCGUCCUGGGAACAACCGACCCAGCAGACAGCGUUCAGAUGGCGAGUCGUAUUCGAACAAUGGAUCCCCGAUGUCAACACCUUCCCCAGGCCGACAUCUCUCUGCUUCUCCAAGUUCUGACAUGGCACCAAUGAAUAAUAUGCAGCGCCACCCUGGUGACUACGGAUACAUGAACAACAGCUCUUUACCAGGACAUCUUCGAGGUGAUUAUGGUGUACAAAAUCAGCCACCACCAGUUUCUACGGCUUUUACAAAUGGCAUGCAGCGACCUACCUCCCAUCCAACAGGUUAUGGCCCACCGAGCAUUCUAGAGCCUCCUGCCAACAUGGAACAGCGUCAACCAGGUAGCGCAAAUGGUAGCCCGCAUAUGGCAAACAUGGGUUGGCAAUCACCAUCUCAAAUGGCAUCUCCGUCGCACAACAACAAUUACGUCUAUCCGGAUCCCGAUCCCUAUGGCUCAGGCGCUGCGAUGGGCCAGAUGUAUUACCCAAACUCAAAUAUGAGACGACCACAGAGCACGGAGCCGGAACAAUAUGAUAUGAAACCAAGAAUCAAUGAGAUGUGGGCUACAGCUCAAUGAUGACAUCACAUUUUUCGGAACUCUCUUUCUAUUGCCUCAGCUUAUUCUUCGGUUUUCGUAGUGCAAUGAAAUCUUUCAUGGACUGUGCUUGAUACCCUGUACACAUCACGACUCCUUUCGUUUCUUUCUGAUCGUUCACUCUUACUGUUCGACAGUAUUGCAUACUAUCAAAAGGCUUGUUAUCUCGAUAUUGGCGUUUUUGAGAUUCUAUUGCGGUCUUAUACUUUCUAGGCGGUCUUCUUUUGGCGCGAAAUAAGGGUCUCUAGACAUCAUGAACCAAAUGACAUUAGUUUUCUGAUGGAGCAACUACGGGAUUGUGGACCAUGGAUCAUGGUGAUAGUUAUGAUUUUGCUGGGUCCCUCACCUUUCACAAAUUUUAUAUCUGGUAUAUCGCUUCACGUCGCUCCUUUCUCUCUUUCGACUUGCUCGUUCGACAAGUUACUCCUUUUGGGAUGAGAUGUAUGCAUUAGCUCAUGUGGUAAAUUGGUCGGCGGGGCCCAACUCCUUAACUUUUACUUUAUUGUAAAGUGGUAUUCUAGGGAUGGGUUAGUCUGGUUUGGGACACGGGUGGCGGGUGAAUA